AUGACCCUCUUCCUCUCAGCGGCGCUGCCGGUCCCAAUGCGACUUGUGCCGCUUCUGCUAGGAACCCUCGCGCUCCUUACGGCGGCGGCCCAUGUGAGCGCCGCGCACGCGCCGUACCAGAUUACCACCCGCGCCUUUUCAGAGUGCUCCGCUUACGCCGACCACUUCCCCCACAUGCAGAGAACCACGGACUGCGUUGUCAGGAACCUCUGCGUUACGCGCAGGCACUGCUGCAAGAAUAUGCACGAGACGGACCUCGGCAAGUGCCUUGACAUAACCUCCUUUUCCUGCGACACGGCGGCGGUGUGCGCCACUUAUGCGGCGGCGUCCUCUAGCAGCAGCUCCAGCACAAGCCCGUGGUUCCCGGAGACGCAGGAUGGCGGUGCCUCGUUGACGUGCUGCCACGCAGCCGCCACCACAACAGAGGCCCCUGCCGUACCGCCCCUCGACGGCUGGAGCUCGGAAGAGGUGAGUCACAACUCUGGCUUGCGGCCGGAAUCGAUGUGCGAUGACACGACCUCGACCGCAUGCAUGGUGACUCCGAUGCUCCUGCCGGCCAUCCGCGCCUUCUGCCAGAAUGACCUCCUGAACAUGUACACGGACACGUAUCUCUACGAUAGCGUGCCGCGCAUGUGCUGCCAGCACUUUGCCGCCGGUCCUCUUGACAGCAGCAGUGCUGAGCCCUCGACUACUCGAAAGGUGGCGUGCGGGCUGAAACUGCUAGAUCUCCCUCGCACGGGCGAGUACCACUGCUCCCUUGACAUGCGCAGCGCGGCGAAUAUCUGCUGCAACGCACGCAUUGAACGCGAACCAAGCAGCAGCAACGACGCUGGAAGCACUGCUUUGUCUGGCGAGCAACUUGUCUUCACGUACAUCAGCAGCAAGUGCCUCCUCCACCCCGACUCGAACGGCAACAGCGUCUCAUCGCCGGCGAUGUUCGUGGCUCGGCUGCUGACAGUGGCCGCGCUGUCAGUGUUGGCUGUGCACCUGUGCAUGUAG